AUUCAUUUGUUCAUUCCAGCUACUGCUGUACAGCUACAGCGGCCUCUAGCGGUCAGAGACAGCAAGUCAGGAAAAGGGAAAUAACUUAUCGAGUCCUCCAAGAUCCCAUCAUGCCCCGGGGUUGAGGCUCUGUGUCAAGGAAGUGCAGCUCCUCCUAUCCAGGCAGACAAUAGAGGAGGGACAGAAUCCAACAUGUAUAUGCAGGUGGAGGGUCACACGGGAACCUUCUUGCAUUUAAAGAGGAAUCCCAGCAUCCGAUCAUGGUCCCUGCUUGUCGGAAUAUCUUCUGUCGGUUUGGCUGCAGCGUAUUACAGUACAGACACAUGGGCUUGGAAGAUGUUCUAUAUAGCUGGGUGUAUAUUUGUGGCUAUUCAAAACAUGGAAGAUUGGGAGGAAGCAUUAUUUGAUAAAAAGUCGGGGAAGGCAAUUCUGAAAACAUUCAACUUAUAUAAAAAAAUGCUAACCUUAUGCAGAGGAGGCCAGGAGCAAGUUGUGGUGAGACUAAAUGAGAUCCGAGAUGUCAAUGUUGAGGAAGAAAAAGUCCGAUAUUUUGGCAAGGGAUAUGUGAUUGUCCUGCGCUUUGUGACUGGAAUUUCACAUCCUCUAACGCAGAGCGCUGUACUUGGAUCUAGAGGUGAUGUUGAAGCUGUGGCCAGACUACUGACAAAUUUCCUUGAAUUGGACGUGGCUGUGCUGAAAACCUUAGCUGAGCAAGAGAGCAGUGAUAGUGAGGUGGAAGACCUAGCCAAAGAAGAAUAGUAUUGACCCAGAGUGAGUGGGAUGCCAGUCCAUCAACCACACGGGCUUGCAGCUUAGGGCAUACCUGUGAUAACAUCAUAGACACAAGACUUUUCUGUUUGGAUCCCGCUGACCUUUUCCCAUUCUCAGGUCGAAACCACCAUUUGCUCAUAGUCCAAAG